GGCUAAUCAUGGCGUCUUGCUUGUUAGCUGGCGAGCGACUUGUACGCGCCUUGGGCCCCGGCGGGGAGCUGGAGCCAGAGCAGCUGCCCGGGAAGCUGCGGGCAGAGCUUGAGGCCGUGCUAGGGAAGAAGCACAAGGGCGGCGAUCGCCCGGCUGGCCCCGCUCGCCUGGUUUCUUUCCGCCUGAUCCGGGAACUGCAUCAGUACCUGAGAGAAAGGGGUUCCACACUAUACCUUCAUGAGCUCCUAGAAGGCAGUGAAAUCUAUCUCCCAGAGGUUGUGAAGCCUCCUCGGAACCCAGAGCUAGUUGCCCGUCUGGAGAAGAUUAAGAUACAGCUGGCCAAUGAGGAAUAUAAGCGGAUCACCCGCAAUGUCACCUGUCAGGAUUCAAGGCAUGGUGGAACCCUCAGUGACCUGGGAAAGCAAGUGAGGUCAGUGAAGGCUCUGGUCAUCACCAUCUUUAACUUCAUUGUCACGGUGGCAGCUGCCUUCGUCUGCACUUACCUUGGAAGCCAGUAUAUCUUCACAGAAAUGACCUCGCAGGUACUGGCAGCAUUGAUCGUGGCCUCUGUGGUGGGUCUGGCUGAGCUGUACAUCAUGGUGCGGGUGAUGGAAGGUGAGCUGGGAGAGCUGUAACCGUGCUUCCUCAUCAAAGUCUGGAGACUCCAGGCUCCCAGCUGCCAAUCACUGAUUCUCAGUCAACCCAUCAGGCUCUUUGUACUCAGCUCCGGUUAGUCAGAGGGCCGAGCCAAGACCACGUGCUGUUCCUGCAGGGAGCCUCAUCCUCUGUCAAUUUACAGAGUGGGCGGUAGAGGAGACUCAGACAACGACUGGAAAGAACUGGUCUUUCUGUACAUUCUCCUGAACCCGGUGCCCAUCUGCCUUCUACAGUCCAUUCUGGGCAUUGCUGCAGCUGGGUUGUUUUUUUUUUUUCCUUUGGAAGUAAAGAGAAUCCAGGCCUUUCCAGAAGUAGACCAUACUGCCUUGAACUUGCCCAGGUGCAGAAAUCAGUGGUCAUCCUUACUCCACACAUCUUGAUGCAGACCUGUAAUUUAGAUCAGAAGACUCCAAGAAAGCAGAAGGGAUUCCCUUUCUUCGGUUUGUGCUGGAAGAGGAACCAAUUAGAGGACAUCAAAUAAGAGAAAGCCGGGUGGUAUAGGAUGGUGGAAUCAGAAGCAAGGCAGCUACAUUUUUGGAAUCUUAGUUUCUGUCUUCAUCUUCUUCCUUCUGCUUGCCUUGCUCAGAUUUUCUAUAUGCUUCUGCCCGUCUCCACCACUCACCAGCCCUCCUUAAACCUCCCACCUUCCUAUCACCCUUUGCUCUGCUUCCCAAAAUGAAAACAGUUCAGAUAGCAAAACAGUAUGUUUGCUUUUAAUUGCAAAACCCCUUGUGCUUGUUUGUAUUUGUGGGGAGAGUGUGCCUACUGUGAAUUGUCUCACCUAAUAAAGGGAAACAUUCUUGGUAGACAGGGGACUAUUUUCAGAUUUAACUAUCUGUGUAAUUAUAUAAAUAUGAGUAUACACUUUAUAAUAUAUAUGAUAUGUGUACAUAUUGUUGUACAUAAGCCUAAUGUAGGUUAUUUUAUGUGGAUUCUUAAAUAUGUUUGGGUAAGUGCAAAACAAUAUGUAAAAGUUCACAGUUGACUAAUUGUUUUACAUGAUUGCUUUUUGUCUUCACAACAAUCCUGGAGGUUGGAAAAGGAAGUGGUUUUAGGCCCCUUUUCCAGAAGGCAAAAUUGAGGCUGAGAGAGGUCAAAUGAUCAACUUCGGUCUUUCCUUUGUUAAAUGGAGCCAAGGACUCCUAGGUUGUUCUGAAGUCUCUAUGUAAUGUUAAACUUCUGAGAACUUAGGUUAGUGGUGUAUUGAUAGAAUCUGUAUAAGACAUUUAGAAAUUAUAGCAGCAUUAUUAUUUAUCCAAUAAAUAUUUAUUGUAUCCA